CAAGACAGUUAGCUCUCUCAAAGCAUUCUAAAACUUAAAUUCAGGGAAAAAAAGAAACAUUUUCUUCUGAUCAAGUCUUGAAAGUCGUAAAAAACGAAGGAAACGAGAAUAAUUGCAACGGUAAAGCCUGGCUUACGACGCACACACUCACACAGAAAAGUGGUUCUGUAAAGAAAAAAAAAGAAAGAACUCGUCGUCGUAAGAAAGCAACGCAUAAAAGAGAAGAGAAAUUAAAGAUGGCCCAACAGCAGCAGCAGCAAGCUACGACGACUACGGCAGAUGUGCAGAAAAUUAAAGACGAAUUUAUCGAAUUACACAAUCAAGUUCCAGAAUUGAUCAGCGAUGACGCGCUCAAACCCUUGCUCGGGCUUGUGCGCGACUCAAAAAUCGACCCGGAUUAUCUGCAGCAACGGCUGAAACGGAACAUCAAGGAGGCACUUUUGGCGGAAUUCGAGAACAUGUGGCAAACGUUGGACUUUGACGUGCAUUUGGCGGUGCUGCAACAAGCGACGAAACGGACAGCUGGCAAAGGGAAGGCAUGGCGUCCCACAGGUAAGAGUCCCGAAGAGCAGGUACGCGGAAUUGAGUCGAGCAGCAUGAAAUUCAAAAUGACUUACCUGGAAGAACUUAUUAAGGAACAAUGCGAUGAAUUGAAUCAAGUCCUACCUGCUGUCGAAACCAAUCGAACCAACAUGAGAAAUCUUUUGGUAACACGAGAAGCUGUCCUAACUCAACUCGCCUCGAAUCACGAGUACUACAAGGAAGUUCACGACGACGUCGAUCGUCUGCGAAAGGUUCUUCAGGAGAAAAUUUUGGAAGUUUCAUCAAAAUAA